AUGAUCCCAACAACAAUCGGUAUGAAGUUCCAGUUCCUCUGAACGUACCCAGGGUGCCAUCCAGCAGCCCUGAGGGUCAACUCUAUGAUGUCCUCAUUAAGAAGAAUCCAUUUGGGAUUGAAAUUCGCCGCAAGAGUACAGGCAGUAUAAUUUGGGACUCUCAGCUUCUUGGUUUCACCUUCAAUGACAUGUUUAUCCGCAUCUCCACCCGCCUUCCCUCCAAGUACCUCUAUGGCUUUGGGGAAACUGAGCACACAUCCUAUAGGAGAGACUUGGAGUGGCACACUUGGGGGAUGUUCUCCCGAGACCAGCCCCCAGGGUACAAGAAGAAUUCCUAUGGUGUCCACCCCUACUACAUGGGGCUGGAGGAGGAUGGCAGUGCCCACGGAGUGUUCCUGCUGAACAGCAAUGCCAUGGACGUGACGUUCCAGCCCCUGCCUGCCUUGACAUACCGUACCACAGGGGGAGUUCUGGACUUUUAUGUGUUCUUGGGGCCAACUCCAGAGCUUGUCACCCAGCAGUACACUGAGUUGAUUGGCCGGCCUGUGAUGGUACCUUACUGGUCUUUGGGUUUCCAGCUGUGUCGCUAUGGAUACCAGAAUGACUCUGAGAUCGCCAACUUGUAUGACGAGAUGGUGGCCGCCCAGAUCCCUUAUGACGUGCAGUACUCAGACAUCGACUACAUGGAGCGGCAGCUGGACUUCACCCUCAGCCCCAAGUUUGCUGGGUUUCCAGCUCUGAUCAAUCGCAUGAAGGCUGAUGGGAUGCGGGUCAUCCUCAUUCUGGAUCCAGCCAUUUCUGGCAAUGAGACACAGCCCUAUCCUGCCUUCACUCGGGGCUUGGAGGAUGACAUCUUCAUCAAAUACCCAAAUGAUGGAGACAUUGUCUGGGGAAAGGUCUGGCCCGAUUUUCCUGAUGUUGUUGUGAAUGAAUCUCUAGACUGGGACAGCCAAGUGGAGCUCUAUCGAGCUUACGUGGCCUUCCCAGACUUUUUCCGUAAUUCAACUGCCAAGUGGUGGAAGAGGGAAAUAGAAGAAAUGUACAACAAUCCACAGAAUCCGGAGAGGAGCUUGAAGUUUGAUGGCCUGUGGAUUGAUAUGAAUGAACCAGCAAGCUUCGUGAAUGGGGCAGUUUCUCCAGGCUGCAGGGACGCCUCUCUGAACCACCCUCCCUACAUGCCAUGUAAGAACCCUUGGUCUCCUUGACUGGCAGAGCUAGGACUGGAAAGAUGGCCACUGGAGGAG